GCUAUAGCGACAGCGUCCUAUCAGCUGCUUCCGCCGGAUGUGGAAACGACAAGAGGGGAGGAGGUGGGGGUAUAAAGAAGGCAAGAGAGAGGCGCACGGGACCUGAGGCAGGGGACGAGACCACGUGACCCCCCCAGGGCCUCGCUAUGACCGUAAGAUGAAGGAACGUGGUCGGAGACGCGGGCACGGAGAUGAUGGAGCUCUGGGGCAAGCUGGUGGAUGAGUGGUUCCCAUUUCUGAAGGCGAUUCAUCUACUUUUGCACCUAUGAUUAUGUCCUCUGUGUUAUGUUUGGGAAGACCCCUUUGUUAAUCCGUUGUCUUCAGCGUUAUUCACCUCUAGACUGUUCGACCGUCGUGCUCGGCUGUGUAGACCCAACGGGCCAUGAACUAAGGGUAGUGGAAACAUCAGAUCUUCAUCCUUCUGUGCUUUGAGCACUGCUGGUCCAUCGCUUCAAGAGCUUCCCACACCUCUCGGAACCCCCCAGGGGAAUGCCGCGCAAGGUUAGCGUGGCGGCCUGGGGGGCGGCCCUAUUUAUCUCAUGGAAUGCCAUUCUUCUACUCUACCUCAUGAACCGCCCAAAGGCUCCCGACGCAUCCGAUCUUACAGCACAUGUAAUCCGACUGGCUGAAGAAGCAGAAGCUGAGUUAGAGAAACAGAAGGGACUUCUCCAACAGAUCCAUCACUAUAGCGGACUGCUUAAACGGCGUCCUGCUCAGCAAAAUGCUGCUCAUGGACCUGAGCUGCCGCAGCGGCUCUCCAAUGCCUCUUUUCCAUCUCCAACGCCUGUAGCCUCUGACUCGCAGUCAACCAUCAUUCCAGUUCUUGUGGUAGCAUGUGACCGACCCUCAGUCAGGAAGUGCCUGGACUCCCUGCUCAAGUACCGGCCCUCAGCCGAGCAGUUUCCCAUCAUUGUAAGCCAGGACUGUGGCCAUGCUGAAACUGCAAGAGUUAUUGACUCCUAUGGGGAUGCUAUCACUCACAUCAGUCAACCUGACCUCUCCGAGGUGCCAGCUCCCCCAGAACAUAGGAAGUUUCAGGGCUAUUAUAAAAUCUCCAGGCACUAUAGAUGGGCACUCAACCAGAUCUUCAGGGUCAUGGGUUACAAGUCUGCCAUUGUAGUAGAAGAUGAUCUGGAAGUGGCUCCAGACUUCUAUGAAUAUUUCCUAAGUACACAUUACCUUCUCCGUAGGGAUCCCACCCUGUGGUGCGUCUCCGCCUGGAAUGACAAUGGGAAGGAGGCGCUGGUGGAAGCCAAGGGUAGCUCCAUCCUUCACCGUUCUGACUUUUUCCCAGGCCUGGGGUGGUUGCUACUUCGGGAGUUAUGGGAAGAACUUGAGCCCAAGUGGCCGGCAGCCUUCUGGGAUGACUGGGUCAGGCGACCUGAGCAGAGACUUGGUAGGGUAUGUGUGAGACCAGAGCUGCCUCGCACUAGAACAUUUGGAAGGAAAGGUGUCAGCCAGGGUCAGUUUUUUGACCAACAUCUGAGAUUCAUCAAACUGAACCAGGACCCUGUGGCCUUUACAAAAAUAGACCUUUCAUACCUUUUAAAAGAAAGUUAUGACCCCUGGUUUGUGGAGCAAGUUUAUGGGGCACCUAAAGUUCGGGCAGAAGAUGUUCUUCAUGGGAAUGUGCCUGGCGGGAGGACGGUAAGGGUGGAAUAUACAACUAGAGACACUUUCAAGGCCAUGGCUAGGGUCUUUGGUGUAAUGGAUGACCUGAAGUCAGGGGUGGCCCGUGUAGCUUACAUGGGAGUUGUAUCUUUUACUCAUAGGGGUAGAAGGGUGUUUUUGGCCCCUCCUCAAGACUGGGCAGGGUAUGAUCCAUCAUGGACAUAAAGUCUUGUUCCUCUAAGUUUAGGGAGACAAGAGACUAUCAGGAAAAACAAAAGCGUGAACUGAAUAAAAGUUUAUUUUUCUCUGAGAGAUUCAGAG